UAAACAGACACUAGUGUGAAAGCGUAUAAGGGCACCAGCACAGUGUGAUACUGGAGGAGCACUGGCAAGCACAACUUCCUAAAGAACCAAUCCAAGGAUCUCCAUUUACACAGGCCCAGAGGACUGACAGUUUCACUGACGGGGGAAAAGACAGAGAUUUAACCAUGAAGUGGAGUGUGGCACUAUUUUUUGCUGGGCUCUUUGGCGCCUUGGGGACAGUCUUCAUCCUCUUAUCUUUUGGUACAGAUUAUUGGCUGUUGGCUCGGGAGACUUGCAAAACAGAUUCUCAGUUGUUGGAUAUUGUAGAGCAUGGGGAUUUGAUGGUGAACCAGGCUGCAGACGAUGGAAACUCUUCCACCUUUUACCAUGAGGGCUUUUUCUGGCGCUGCUCAUUUGGAGGAAGAGGGGAUGAGGACAUAAUUUUGAAGUUCUGGUUCACAAACCAGCCACACUCCAAGGUGUGCAUACACGCCUACCUGUUUCCCUUCCCUGUAUCUGAACAGACCCACAAUGCAACCACUUAUGAGUCUGCCAUCAUCUACAGAGGAUUCUGGAGUAUCUUUGUGUUAUUGGGUGUGACUGCAGUCAUCUUGGGGGGCUUCAUCAUAAUCUGUGCUGCUCCAUUCACCAAUUCCUGCCUCUAUAAAGCAGGUGGCGGACUAUUCCUCACAGCUGGUUUCUUCAUACUUCUCGCCACUGUGUUGUCUGUCAUCUGGUUGGAGUUGAUGGAUAUGGUGGAUUUGUAUGAGGAGUACCAAAAACAUCAUCUGUGUCCAGACUUUCAGCUGAAUAUUACGUAUGGUCUUUCCUUUAUGUUUGCCCCAGUGGGCGUGUUCUUCUGCCUACUCUCAGGCCUGCUCUUCCUCCUGAUUGGACAGGCAGCGAAGAGGCAUUACUACUAAACAUCUUAAUAACCAGCAGAAUGAUAUUUGUCAUGUUUUUGGUUAUGAUGAUAUAGCAGUGUGAGUAUGGUAAAGACAAAUGUAAACAUCUUGCAUUCUUUGCUAGAGGGGGAGAUUUAUUUACCCUGACAGUGUGGGAUGCAGAGAAAAUCAAUUGUAUGCAUGUUUUCACUGGAGGACCAUGAUUGAUUUGGGCAAUUGUUUUGGAAAACCUUUCAGUUACUGCUCCAGAGAUGGUACUUUUUUGUGAAGCAGAAAGGUUUGUCUUUCCUGGCUGAUAUAUUACAAAAGCAAUUUUUUUAUUUCAUAAUUUGCUUAAGCAUGGUUAUAAACUGAGUACUGUAAUACUGUUGAAUUGUGAGGCUAAUUUGGAUCACUUGGUGUGUGUGUGUGUGUGU